AAGGAAAAGAGAGUGCGUGAGAUAAUAUAACUUCAAAACUCAGAAGAAAACAAAAUUAUGUCAUACGAAUAAUGUUUACAUUUCGCCGGUCAAGAAAUGAAUUCUAUAUAUACAUCUUUAUAUGUUCAUGAUUUAAGUUGAAAAAUAAAAAUUCACCUCUUUUUACUUAUUAUACAGUUUAUCUCGCAAUUUGCAACACUUUUUAUUGAGUUAUUAAACAUGCAACGCUUAAGCGACUGGUUAGCUGUUCGUGUGAAUCUCUGCCGAAGAUGUUACUGUACUUCUGUGAAAUUGAACAAUAAUCAAAGAUUAGCAGAUUUCCCUACAACUUAUAAAAUAAAGGAUAUGGAGCAAAAGUGGUAUGAUGUAUGGCAACAAAACAAAUGUUUUUCGUCUUCCAAGACGAGAACUACCAAUAAAAAGGGCUCUUUCAACAUGGUUUUGCCACCUCCUAAUAUCACAGGUGUAUUACAUUUAGGUCAUGCACUCACUGCUACUAUCCAGGAUGUGUUGGCCAGAUGGUAUAAAAUGAAGGGUUAUUCAGUGCUGUGGAUACCAGGUCUAGAUCAUGCUGGUAUCGCUACACAGGUCAUCGUGGAGAAGUAUUUGCAUCACACACGAAAUCUGUCGCGUCAUAAUUUGGGCAGGGAGGAAUUCGCAUCGAUGGUCUGGCAAUGGAAAGUGGAGAAGGCUGAGAUGAUCCGCAAUCAAUUGAAAAUGCUGGGUGCUAAUCUCGAUUGGGAUCGAGAAUACUUCACCAUUGAUGAACAUUACAGCGCGGCAGUAACGGAAGCAUUUGUGCAAUUGCAUGAGCGAGGACUUCUGUACAGAGAUUGUAAUUUUGUCAACUGGUCGUCCUUGUUGCACAGUACCAUUAGUGAUAUUGAGGUGGAAAAUAUGACCAUUCACGGAAGUACCAAGCUCCAUGUGCCUGGUUAUAACAACAAGGUGACGUUCGGCCGCAUGAUGAAGCUGGCCUAUCCCAUAGAAGACUCUAAGGAGGAAUUAAUAGUGGCGACGACGAGGCCCGAGACCAUGUUCGGCGAUGUGGCUCUCGCUGUGCAUCCGGACGACGACAGAUACGCGAAAUACGUCGGCCGGCGUGUUAUGCACCCCGUCAGGAACAUUCCCAUCCCCGUCGUGGCCGACUUCGCGGUCAAGAAAGAAUUCGGGACUGGCGUGUUGAAGAUUACGCCGGCACAUGAUCGCACGGACCAUGGUAUUGCCAAAAGGCACAAUCUGCCUCUCAUCGGCGUCAUCAAUGAAGACGGCAACAUGACAGAUGCCUGCAAGGGAUACGAGGGAUUGCCGAGAUUCGACGCCAGAGAAAAGCUACUGCACGAAUUAUCCGUUCGAAAAGUUUUGCGAGACGUGGAUGACGGUCACAAUAUGGUGCUGCCACGUUGCUCGCGCUCGCAAGACAUCAUCGAGCAAUUGUUGAAGGAGCAAUGGUUCGUGAAAUGCGACCAGAUGGCUAAAAACGCCAUCGAUACGGUGGAAAACGGCUCGCUGAAGAUCGAGCCCAGCGUAUACAAGCAACAUUGGCAAGACUGGCUUGGCAAUAUUAGGGACUGGUGCGUGUCGAGGCAGUUGUGGUGGGGCCACCAAAUCCCGGCGUAUUUCGUAAUCCAAGACGGCUCAUGGAUAGUCGCACGAUCUGAAGAAGAAGCUUAUUUGAUAGCCAGGAAGAAAUACGGAGACGACGUAAAACUUCGUCGAGACGACGACGUUCUCGAUACAUGGUUCUCCUCGGCGAUCGUGCCAUUCGCCACACUUGGUUGGCCUAAAAACACACAGGACAUGGCGAAUCACUACCCGCUAUCUCUAAUGGAGACCGGUCACGAUAUUCUCAUGUUUUGGGUGGCAAGGAUGGUGAUGUUGAGUUUGGAGCUGACGCAAUAUUUACCUUUCAAAGAAGUAUUGCUACACGGAAUUCUGUGUGAUGCUAAUGGCAAAAAGAUGUCCAAAAGUUCCGGCAAUGUUAUAUCGCCAGAGAACAUUAUCAACGGUUGCAGCUUAGAAGAAUUGGACGCGCAAGCGAAGCGAAGCUACGAAGCCGGUAUUCUCAAUGCGGACGAGCUGCGUAGAACGCUUCGUGUCAAUGCCAAAUCUUAUCCCGAAGGGAUAUUCGACUGCGGUGUAGAUGCUCUUAGAAUGGCGCUGUGUGCACGCAACAUCAAAAAUCAUAAUGUCAGUUUCGAUAUAGCGAACUGCCGGACGAAUAAACAUUUCUGCAACAAGAUCUGGCAGGCGAGUAAGUACAUGUUAUUAAUGGUGAACGAGGACCGAGAGGGAGACGAAGAUAUAGAAAAAUUGAGCAAUUUGGAUCGCUGGAUCCUGAGUCGUUUGUCUCUAACGGUGGAGACGGUAAAUACAGCAUUCACCGAGCGGAAUUUCCACAAGGCGGCCUUAAUGAUUCGUCAGUUUUUACAUUAUGAAUUUUGUGAUUUCUACUUAGAAGGGACGAAGUUUGGUUUCAAAGAUGGCAACGCAAAUAUCGCAUCUGGUCAUUCAUAUACUUUGAAGAAAUGUCUCGAAGUCUUCCUGAGGCUUCUCGCUCCCCUCAUGCCUUAUUUAGCGGAUGAUCUAUACAACAGAUUCGCCAAGAAACUGCCAGUGUCUUUUCUGUCAGUGUCUUCGUUGUUGGAGACUGAAUAUCCCGAGUUCGUGGAGUUUGAACAUUUGAGGAACGUUUCGUUGGAGGAAGACAUGCAGAAAAUCAUCGAUCUGAUAGACACUAUCAGAGUCUGCAUGGCAAACGUCAGCAAGAAGUCCAGUCCAGAAGUUCGUAUCUUGACUACAAAUAUGCAGGACUAUGAUCUGUACAAGGAUAAUGUAAAUCUGAUCAAGGGAGUAAGCAGAAUUUGGAAUGUAUCGAUUUACUUGACGAAAGAUUACGAGACGAUGAAAAAGGAUAACUGCGAUGAAAUCCUGUACGUUUACACGGACGAUUGCUCCUUACUCAUUACAAUUGCGGACGCGUCGGUGAUGGAACAAAUAAAGAGAAACUUAAAAAAAAAACAAAGUUUGGGUUUGGAAAAACCAGGGAACUCCGCAAAAUUAAUGCAACAAGAAGUCUAAUUUAAUAACUGUGUAAUUGUAAUUAUACUCUAUAAUUAAUAAGUAAAAAAGAUCUAUAUGUAUUUAAUUCCCUAAAUAUAAAAUUUUGUAAAGUUCGGUUAAGAUGGAUUACCGCGUAACAAUUUAUACUCUAGAAUAGAAAAC